CGGAUGCUCCUCUGUACCAGACUGGCUUCUGUCUCUCGACUGCUGAUGUGUGGGUCUGAAGCGUGACCAUCCACAUUUCUUUUAUUUUUCUUUGUCAACUGUACAAUUCUCUCUUUUUCGGCGCGCCUGCAUCUCUCUCUCUCAUGAAGAAAGCGGCUUUUAUUCCUGUAAUAGCAUCAUCGCCUGCCCUGGCAAAUUUGCUGCAACUUACCGACAUCAUAAUUAAAUAAUUUACUUCGGAAUAAUGGCAGUGAGAAUUAUUAAUUACCACUGAAUUAAAAAAAUGCACGGUGAAGAAUUGGAUAUUUGACCCAAUCAUAUCUGACCAAUAAGAGACAACGUAUGGGCCAAAGCCACGCCCAUUUAAUCCAGCUUUAUGCCAUUCUGUUUGUUUUUGUUUUUUUCAAUGGUUUGAACUUGACAUCGUCGACGCCCUCUUGCUUUACGGAGUAGAAUGACAGCAGAGCAUGUCCGGUCAUGUUCAAGUUUUGAGCAAUAAAUUCAUAACCAAACUGUCUUAAACACAUCUUUGAAUCCUAGAAUGUAAAUAAAUGUAUUUAUUACGCUUUAGAAACAAUGUCUACAUCAAAAUACACCCUUAAAUAAUUAACAAACUGAAUGAGUGUAUAAAUAUUUCAGUACAAAGUCAUUAGAUAUCUACCUGACCCACAUGAAACUUACAGGAGAGUGUCAUUUAGAGAGCUAAACUGCAGUUUUAUUUGAUCCUGAAAGAAAUAUACUCGACUAAAUAUUGAAAAUGACACUAGUGCAUGUUUUUGAGACGAUUUGGGAGACAAAAGACUCAGUUUUGCAGCCUAUGUGGGACUAUUUGCGACUCAACCACUCUGAAACUCUUCGGUCUCCUCUCUUUCCUGUGAUUUUGACCGUAGCGUCGUAUUUUGUUCUUUGCGUACCCUACCUAGUCUGUGACAUCUUGGGAAAGAAGUGGCCAGCUAUUUAUCGGUACAAGCUCCAACCUGACAAGCUUCCCACAACUGCAAUGCUCCUUCACUGCAGUGGAGUUACUCUUUAUAACCACAUACUUCUGGUGUUUCCUGCAGCAGUGGCUCAGUGGUUGUGGAGACCUCCUGUUCCUCUGCCUGAACGAGCACCUACAUUGCUUGAACUUGCAGGUGGAGUGACUGGAAACCUUCUUCUCUUUGACUUCCAGUAUUUCAUCUGGCACUUUUUGCAUCAUAAGAUCCGCUGGCUCUAUGUGACUUUCCAUGCCAUCCACCAUAAUUACUCUGCGCCCUUUGCUCUGGCCACACAGUGCCUCGGGGGAUGGGAGUUGGUCACGGUGGGCUUCUGGACCACGAUUAACCCCGUUCUUCUGAGGUGUCAUCUGCUCACCACCUGGAUGUUCAUGGUGGUCCACGUGUACGUGUCAGUGGAAGACCACUGCGGAUAUGAUUUCCCUUGGUCCACAUCUCGUCUGAUCCCUUUUGGUGUUUAUGGAGGUCCGAGCAAGCAUGAUGUGCACCACCAGAAACCUAAUACUAACUUUGCACCCCAUUUUAGUCACUGGGAUAAACUGUUCGGCACUCAUGCUGAUUUUAGUUAUGCUAAAACUCAGCGAUGAACAUGCAUGCAUGCAAAUGUAUGUAAAGAGAGCAUGUUUGUUUGCUUCAGGCGGAGCUUCAGUUUUUGGCUUUAUUUGUAUACAGACAGUACAAAAACCAUGAUUUAAAGGGAUAGUUCACCUAAAAAUGAAAAUUCUGUCAUCAC